GAGGCCGAGGCCCCGGGUGCUCGGCGCGGGGGGAAGAGCGCGGACAAUGCACAGGCUGGGAACUUCCUGCCGCGGCGGGUGCGCUGCCCGGGGAGAGGCGAGGGAGCCCGGCCGGCGCUCGAUCAAUCAUGAUGCUUUGGUCCACACGUCCUGAAGAAGACUCUGCUACCAAUAUCUUCAUUUCCAGCUAAAUAUACGUGGCUGUAACAGCUGCCAUGGAAACGUGCUGUACAGAGGAGGCCGUUGGAACCAGCUCUCCAUCUGUCAUCUGCAGGCAAGUUGAGGGAGGGGACCGGAAGCAGGAGGAGAGCAGAGCAGGUGACCGGCUGCCUGAAUGGAGCGAUGUUUCAGUUGUGGCUGUGGAGCAGGCACCCCCUGGCAAGCUGAAGAAAACUGCCUUCAAGCUCUUUGGGGGGAAGAGGAGCAUAUGCACCCUGCCAAGCUUCUUUGGAGGAAAAAAUAAAGGCCAAGGGAAGGGAGCCUCCAAAAAGGGUCUCAGUAAAAGUAAGACGCAUGAUGGGAUCAGCGACGUUGCAUAUGAGGAUGGGAAAGGGAGGUUGCGGUUGGAGAGCCCCUUGAAUGGAGGGAUGGACUCGCAUCCUCGCCCGCUGCCAAGCUCUCAGAGCGCUCACUUGGCAACAGACGCCAGCGUCAAAUUUGAGUUUGGCAGGCAGGAGAGCUCUCCCUUGGGGAGUGCCGAGGGCUUUGAGAAAAAGCCCAAUGGAGACAAAUCGUUGUCCUUCCCUAGACCCAAGAAAGGGCUGAAGGGGCUUUUCAACAGCAUCCGGCGCCACAGAAAGAACAAAACUGCUGAGUCUGAGAAAGCGGAGUGGGCUGCUGAUUGUGGGGAUGGAAAGCAAGUCAAGAAAACUCGAGAGGCGGGGGCUGAAACCCAGCGAGCCUCUGAGGAGGAGAGUCCAAGAGGCACCCCUCUCCCCGCACCAUGCACAGGGAGCUUGGAUGGUAACUGCUCACUGAGCACAACGACCAACCUGGGAGAAAACACCGACUGGCUCAUGGCUGCUCAAAGUAGCUCGGAAGGAGAUGCAGCAAUGGUGCCUGUGGGCAAAGACGAUAUUCUAGAUGUGAAAUUGGAUGCAGAGACUAUUGUCUGUGCCAGCUCCCCCUACGGUGGCCUCCCAGAUGCACACCAUCCUGACUACGCAGACAACGACCCCCCUUCAGUACACUCCGGAGACCAGCUCAGCUUGAUCUUUGGAGAUGUCACUUCCCUUAAAAGUUUUGAUUCUCUCACUGGGUGUGGAGACAUAAUUGCUGAGCCAGACAUCGACAGUAUUGCUGAGAGCACGAUCUCCGUGGAGCGCAGUAGAGACGCUGCCAAGAGAAGCUCAUGCCUUGUCACUUACCAGGGAGGAGGGGAGGAGAUGGCCAGGCCAGAGGAGAUAGAGGAGUACCUCCAGCAGCUGUGGGAGGGCACCACCGAGGCGGACAGCCGCUACGAAACCAAGCUGCCUCAGUCCAUAAACAGUCCCAACCUGCAGGGAGUGAAUAGCAAGCUGGAGACUUGCGGCUUACGUGAGGCGGCGGCCCAUCUGUAUGCUGGAGGUGUGAUGGAUGAUGUAGAGCUCUUAACACCACCCAGUGACCAGCAAGAAUCUGCCCCCAAUAGCGAUGAGGGUUAUUAUGACUCUACCACACCAGGGCCAGAGGAUGAACUUGGGGAAAUCAAGAAGGACCGUCUCCCAAGAGACAGUUACAGCGGUGAUGCACUUUAUGAGUUUUAUGAGCCCGAUGACACCCUGAUGAGCCCCUCUCUCGGGGACGAAUCCUUAUUUGAGAGCAAAGCAUCUCAUCCAGAGAUCUUCAGCCGCUUCUUAGACUUUGCUGUCCCUGCUGAGAAGAACCUUAUUCAGAUGAUGGGGCAGAGCAGCGGAGUGAUGGAGACUGAGGAAGAGAGGCUGGCUGCUAUUCAGAAACAGCUGCUGUAUUGGGAGCUUCAGAGGGAACCAGCUGUAAAACGUCUGGAUGUCCCCAGCAAAGAGAAAUGUCCCAGAGACAAGCAAUACAUUGAAUGUAAUACUAGAGCAGCCAAAUUAAUUGGCAAAAAUCAGAGUUGCCUUGGUAGCGAGCAAGUUGCUUCUCCAGUUUUGAGCAGAAGUGUAGAUGCUGGGAUUUCAGUGUCGAGACUGGAAAAUCCUGAGUGGAGGGACUUUCAAGGGACACAGUGUCCAGAAAAGUAUUACAAUGGCCAAAAAGCCCAAGGAAGUUGCCUUAUUCAGCUCAUGAAAAACAACUCUGUGUUUGAUUCUGAUUUGGAUCAUGCAGUGUUUGGGGGACUAAAUAGCUUAGUCCCAGCCAAAACUGUGACCGUGACCUGUCCCAGCUACAGAACACCUGACCCUGAUAGCUGUUUUCAAAAUGAACACCGCAGCAGAGUGGAAAACUGCCUCAGGGAACCCCAGACAGAAAGUGAAUGUGAACCCGAGCAUGCUGUUAACUUCUCUCAGGCGCUGGUUGAGUUCACUAGCAGCGGCACUCUCUUCUCCAGCCUCUCUGAAAGCCUUGGUAGCUCUGAUUCAGGUUCUUCCUUCACUCAGAACCUUUCUGUCCUUCCAACCAUGGUCACUUUUGACAUAGUGGAUGUGGAGCAGGAAGGUGAGGGAGAAUGUGAGCAGCAUCUGGAGAUGAAUGCCGACGAGGACAUUGCUGCAUCCUUUGAGGCCUUUGAUGACAGCUACGUGCAAAAGGAGUCCUUUGCUGAAUGUGAUGAACGAAUGUUCCCGGGAUAUCCCCAAGACUCUUUCCAGAGCUGUAACUGGGGUGUUGGCAGCCUUCCCCGUCACCUGCACCUGCACGGCUUGAGCCCCUCCAUGCCAGCACCACUCUCCAUCAACAGAAGGAGCAGGUCACUUGACACGGAGAGCUUGGAGUUGGAGCUUGCAGAUAUGCCUUUCUCCAAGAAUGGCCUUAAGCCUUGUCAGCUCUGGUCUAAAUGCGACAGUGGCAAAAAGGACUCUGUCUCCAGGCUGAGCAGAAGCAAGGAUAGCAUUCAGCUGUCUCCUUCCGAAGGAGGAGAAGCUGAUGGGGUCCUUACUUGGCCAGGGUUGCAGCAUGUAGAGUACAAAGCCGAGCUUUCUUCAGGGGGAGAGAAACCGUGGAGCUGUACUCCGACUGCAAGGGCUGCUGUUGUCGAAAGCAACUGGAAUACAUCUGAGCAGUCAGAAGUGAAUUCCCCUUACGUGUCCCUGGGAUGGAACAAUGCCAGGGAGACUCCGGACAGGAUGCCUCAGGAUACUGGGGCCAGUAAUUUAAUGCUUCAGACACCUAGACACAUGGUCAGACCAUCCAAUUUACCUCUGCAGACUGAGACAAGACAGGCCCAAGAGGUGUCUAGCUCCUACAGGUAUCCUAGAGAAAAUAUGGCCAAAAAGCUGGCUCGCGUGCUACCUUUGGGAGAAAAAGGGGCUGACUUACCUCAGAGCUUCGCUUUCACGCAGUCCCCUAACAAAACCGCAAAGUGCAAACUUGUUGGCAUUACACAAGGAACGCUCCAGUUUCACGAUGGCACUGAGACCUUAAAACCCUCAGCUUGCUUUGCUGAGCGUUAUGGAAGCUCCAGUACAGACCUGCUGAAAGAGGGACCCGUACAUGGGAACACACUGCCCAUUAGCUGUCAAAGCACUACAGUGAAUGUAACAGUAGCCAAAUAGCUAAUACUGGAGGGCUGAGGGAGGGCA